AUGGACGCCUUUUACGAUGGAAUCAAUGCGUUGAUGUCUAAAAUACCUAGCCAGCAGCGGAGCGAGCGUCGGACAAGCGACAACGUUGACUUAUGCGAACAGAUGGGCCUCAUCAACGCUUCUAGGAAUGAAAGAAAUCAUAGACGUCAUCAGGAUGCUGCAAGGGAAACGGUUCUAUUGCCGCGGAAGAAGUUUGCCUUUGCACCUGCGGAAACAAAAUACACGUACAAUUUUGCAUGUGUCGCGCGCAGCACUGGUGAUUUUAACAAAGAAAAGCGUCUUAGAAAGAAGCUGCAUCGUCAACUGCAACCAGAUCGCGAUAACGAAUGGACGUCAAGAGCGAUGGAGUUUGAAAAGGCGUGGAAGGACAAGAACCGAAAGCGAAAAGCCUAUAGUGGCAAGAUGAAAAGAUGCUCUUCAGUCCUCAACACUGCCACUGGAAAGGCUGUCGUUGAAGCAACCCUUCCAAUUUAA